GAAUGUCCACCGUCAGUCUGAGGACAUGCAGGCAGAGCAGGACAGUGUAGUCCGAGGAAUGUUGUCAUUAUCGCGGAGACUCGUCACAGACGGCCAAUGUUAAGUGUUCAGUGGAGGUUUUGUUGAGGUUUCGGGUGAGUGUACAGGUGAAGCAACAAGACAACUGUCACAUGGCAACCGCACCACCUUUCACCUCCUUUUGGACAAUUUGACGACGGAGCGUCCGGCGUCGAGACAUGUCCAGAGACGGCAUGACCGCCGUACGAGGAGCCCACCCGCACGCUGCGAGCACCACGGCGCCUAAAGAGAAUGGCCACGCCGCACCGAGUCCCGCUCAGGCCGGCGCCCGUUCUCGCCGCCCCUCUGCGGGGAACACGCCCGAUGACACCCCGGUGUCGGCCACCGGCGAGCUAACACAGACGUGGGUCCACUUCGCCAAGACCUUUGUGCUCAUCUUCCCUGUUUAUGCUCUGGGCUACUUUGACUUCAGCUUCAGUUGGAUGUUGAUUGGACUUGUGAUUUAUUUCUGCUGGCGGGCGAACGCAGCAGGGAAGAAGAGCCGUCUGAGCCGAGCUUUGGCGUUCUUGGAGCAGGAGGACAGGAGCCUCAAGCCGGGUCUGACUACCUCGGACCUGCCGCCAUGGGUCCACUUCCCAGACGUGGAGCGAGUGGAGUGGCUAAACAAGACGCUGAAGCAGAUGUGGCCGUACAUCAGCAAGUAUCUGGAGAAGCUGUUUCGAGAGACGGUGGAGCCGGCGGUGAAGGAGUCCAACAUCCAUCUUAGCACCUUUUGCUUCAGCAAGAUGGAUUUUGGAGACAAGCCUCUGAGGGUCAACGGGGUCAAGGUUUACACUGAGAACGUGGACAGAAGGCAGAUCGUCAUGGACCUGCAGAUCAGCUUCGUAGGCAACACGGAGGUGGAAGUGGACAUCAAACGCUUCUACUGCAAAGCGGGCAUCAGGAGCAUUCAGAUUCACGGCGUGCUGCGAGUGCUGAUGGAGCCGUUGCUGGGUGACGCUCCCCUGGUCGGAGCUCUGUCUCUCUUCUUCCUCAAGAAGCCGCUUGUGGACAUCAACUGGACGGGCCUGACUAAUUUACUCGACAUUCCUGGGCUCACUGGCCUCUCUGACAGUCUGAUCGAAGACAUCAUCUCCUCUUAUCUGGUCUUGCCCAACCGCAUCACCGUCCCCCUGCUCGGAGACGUGGAACUGGCCCAGCUGCGCUUCCCCAUGCCAAAGGGUGUCCUUAGGAUUCACUUCCUGGAGGCUCAGGAUCUGGAGGGCAAGGAUAAAUUCCUGGGCGGGCUCAUCAAGGGCAAGUCGGACCCUUACGGCAUCCUUCAGAUCGGGAAUCAACUCUUCCAGAGCAAGACCAUCAAGGAGAGCCUUCAUCCCAAAUGGAAUGAAGUCUAUGAGGCCCUGGUGUACGAGCACUCGGGUCAGCACCUGGAGAUCGAGUUGUUUGAUGAAGAUCCAGACAAAGACGAUUUCCUGGGAAGCCUGAUGAUCGACAUGAGCGAGCUGUAUAAAGAACAGAAGGUAGACGAGUGGUUCGACCUGGAGGAAGCUCCCACUGGGAAGCUCCACUUAAAAUUAGAGUGGCUGUCUCUGCUGUCCACAUGCGAGAAGCUGGAGCAGGUGCUGCGAAGUGUGCGCGCUGACAGAAGCCUGACCAAUGAGGGUCUGUCGUCAGCACUGCUGGUGGUCUAUCUGGACUCUGCUAAGAACCUUCCAAACAACCUGUCAGAUUGCAGCUGUGACGGGUUGAAGCAGGUCUUUAAGGCCCUGAAGUCUGCAAAGAAGAGCAGCAGCGAGCCGAGUCCUUACGUCCAGUUGACUGUUGGACAUAAGACACAGGAGAGCAAGAUCCGCUACAAGACCAAAGAGCCCCUAUGGGAGGAUUGCUUCUCAUUCCUUGUUCACAAUCCCAGGAGGCAGGAGCUAGAGGUGGAGGUGAAGGACGACAAGGCCAAAUGCACCUUGGGUACUCUCAGUGUGCCUUUGAGCAAUCUCCUGGCAGAAGACGACAUGACGAUGACGCAAUGCUUCCCUCUCAGGAACUCUGGUCCCAGCUCAAGCCUCAAACUGAAAAUGGCCCUGAGGAUCCUGUCAUUAGAGAAGCAGGUCUCUUCCGACCAGCCCUCCUCGGUCCAGGUCCGUAAGUCCAGUCUCCCCCAAGCGUCCGCCUCCCUGAGAGCGUCCACAUCCGACUCUCCGCCGCGGCCCGCAUACGCCUCCUCCCUCACACUGCACGACAGGGAUGGCGAGCCGUACGCUGCCAGCCCCCAACGCUCGGCCUCCAGCUUGUGCGUGGGCAUGUCUGCGUCCCAGAAGCAUCUAGCCCACAAGGAGUCCACGCCCAGCUUGGCGUCUGACAUCUCGCUGCCCUUCGCCACCUUGGAGCUCCAGCAGCGACUACAGCAGCUGCACAAUGGCUCCGCCCCCAGCCAGUUCCCCCUGGGGGAGGUCCAGCUGACGGUUCGACACAGCGCCCAAAGGAACAAACUGAUCGUGGUGGUCCACGCCUGCCGUAACUUGAUCGCGUUCAGCAAAGACGCAUCUGAUCCCUUCAUCCGCCUCUAUCUGCUGCCUGACAAGAGCCGCGCGGGCAGGAGGAAGACCAGCACCAUGAAGAGGACCCUCAAUCCUGUUUUUGAUCACACGUUUGAGUUUAGCGUCUCUAUUGUGGAGCUCCACCGGAGAACUUUGGAUGUAGCAGUGAAGAACGGAGGAAACAUCUUGUCCAAACACAAAGGCCUCCUGGGGAAAGUGUUGGUGGAUUUAAGUGGAGAUGAUAUAUCAAAAGGAUGGACACAAUGGUACGAGCUGAGUGAAGAUGGUUUGUCGUGUAAAGAAAGUGUCCAGGAUACAGUUACAUAGUGUGCUUUCAAUCCUUGGUUUCUCUUAUUCUUGUACAUUUGUCAUAUAGUUUACCGGAAUCCUGUAAAUUCAGCAUGUGUUCCUAUUAUUAUGUUUGUGUUUCUGGUGUUAUGUGUUGCAACUUGCACUGCAUUGAAAUAAGCCUCGCUGUCUGUCCAGCAUUUCAAACUCUUACCAGAGGAUCACGAUCCAUCCCACAUGUUGGCUACGUAGCAGUUGCUGAUUUUUUUUAGCUUUAUUAUUUAUUAUUAUUUAAAAAGCGGAACGCACGUACAUGCAAAGACAAAAACACAAGCGCUCUGUGAGUUUUAUGGUGGUGUUUGUGCAAUAUUUGUUGUUUUGGACGUGCAUGAUGACCUGUUGGCCCUUUUGCAGGGCCGCAAAUGAGUGCUGUAUAAAAUAACAAUUUCAAAAGAUACUUGAAUUUGGGUUUGAUGCAAACCAGAUGUGAGCCAAGAACAAUAAAGAGAGACAACUAUUCAUGUAUUUUAAUAUGCAGGGCUGCCAGCACUUAUAAUUUUGUGUUGAUGAAAGCUUUUAAAUUCUUGUUAUCGAUCCUGUGCCUUAAAAAAAACUCACUGUAUCAUUUUGCCUUCUUAAGUUAGUUGAUUUUGAAUGAUAUGUGGCUUUUGAUGAAUAA